CAUGGAGAAUUACCCGCUAAUUACCGCUGUGUGGCGCCACGUGUGUGUGUGUGUGUGUGUGUGUGUGUGUCGAUUUGACGUCUUUUUUCAGGUGUAGUACAUGUCACUGCUAUCACCAUCACCAUCCUCCACCUGACUCUCAGACACGUCCCACUUUUUUCCCGAGAAAGCUUUUCCCGUGAUCAGAGAGAAGUCCUGCGCGUGCUGCGGGUUUAACCUGGAGCUUUAUGGAUAAAUUAAGGGCGGUGUUGAGCGGAAGAGACGGAAACACCACCAGCACACCGAAUAUCAUCGAGACAGUGAAUGAAGCGUCCACGUUGUCAUGGCGCUCGCGGGUUCGAGGAUUCGCCGUGUGCAUGGGUAUCGGGGUCCUCUGCUCCGUUCUGGGUGUGUGCUGUCUGUUCAUCCCCAGGAUAGGCCUGAUCCUCUUCAUCGUCUUUUACACCUUCGGGAACAUCUGCUCCUUGGCCAGCACUUUGUUUCUGAUGGGGCCGAAGAAGCAGCUGAAGAGGAUGUUCGACAAAACCAGAGUGGUCGCGACGGUGGUCAUGCUCGUGUGCCUGGUGUUGACACUGUGCGCAGCAUUUUGGUGGAAGAUCUUCGCUCUGACGUUGCUGUUUGUUAUUUUGCAAGUCAUCGCCUUCACUUGGUAUGGACUCUCGUACAUCCCAUUUGCGAGAGAUGCCAUACUGAAGUUCUUUUCCAUGAUGUUCAAAAUGUGUAUAAGAUGUCAGAAAAACUGACUGUCCCUGAGGAUUCUUCUUCACAAGAUCGAAGCAGGACUCACGUGUUCACGAGCUUAUUGACGGCUAAAAAUAUCACGUCGUACCUUGUGCUAAAUACGGAGAACACGUGAUCAACCGGUUUUAUUUCUGCCUUUUUUUAAAAAAAAAAAAGGUGAAAGAAUUCCAAGCUAAGAAAAUAGGAUUGUGUUGGUGUCUGGGAUCCUUCUUCUGUUCUGUUUAGUAGAGAUCUAGUAGAUCUUUAAAUCCAGUGAACGGAGCGUUGUUUUCUGUAUUAACUUUUGGGGGAGUUUGUUUUGUCAUUCUUUUCAUCUGAAACUAUUACAAGUGCAUUACCUAAUGCAAAUAAUGUUUAUUUAGUACAAUUUUGCUGUGCAAUAUUGUAAACAAACAAAAUAAAAUAAAUAUUUUUUGUCAUAUUUAUGCCAUGUUACACUUUUCGCUAGCAGAGUGGGCGGGACUUAUAUCUUGUCAACAGUAUUGAAAAUUAUUAAAACGUGCUCGACUUAAAUAAAAAAUUGCAUAUGACGUGUGUAAUAAUGAAAAUAUAUAUGUGUGUAAAUAAAAAUAACUUUAUUAAACAUUAUUAUUAUUA